UUGUUUUUUGUUUUCUUAAAUGCAAAAACCACCGGCAAUGUGACUGGGUCUAGUCAUUCCGAAAGUGAAAGUAUGUGUUACAUAUUUAUCCCGCGACUAGACUCAAGCCAGACGCCGCCAUAGCCAACUGAAGAGGAGCGUGUAUUCUGUCAAACAUGGCCUCCAGUGGAAUUUUACUCUUGUGUCUUUUCAUCUUUUCACGAGUACUUGGGGCACAAACUGGAGAAGUAUUUGUGACUGUCACUUGUCAGAAGCCUGAAAUCGUCGCUCAGUACGGCUCUAGCACCCUCUUGGAUUGUAAUGUCCAAGCUAACAGCAAAAUCACUGAGCCAAUUAAGAUUGUAGUACUGACUUGGAAAUUCAAUGGAAGCGCUUUGGUUAACUUCUUUGAUGGCUCUCUAAAAAAAGAAGAUGGAUUUCAACUUGCUUCGCGUUCUUGGAGUGGGUCAAACCAGAAUGUGUCUCUACUGAUCACCCAGACCACUUUGGCCCAUGAUGGGGAAUAUGAGGUUGAUGUAGUGACAAAUGCUGGACGUAACAGGGCAAAAGUCAAUGUGGAAGUCAAAUCCAACUACAGCACACCAGAGAUUCGCUCGGAUCCUGAGAAAAUAAAUCCUGAUAAGAGUUUCAGUUUGACCUGCACGGCCCUUGGUGGAUAUCCUAAAGGCAACAUUCGCUGGAAGGUGGAUAGCUAUGAAUGGCUAAAGAACCCUGAAGUGGAAGUGAAACAGAACCAAAAUGGCCUCUAUGAUCUGACGAGCACACUGUCUUUUGGAGCCGACACGCAAUAUGCAAAAUUUGUUUGUGAGGUGUACAAUGCCAAAGGAGUCAAAGAAGGACAAGGGGAAUUUGACAAGACAAACAGUCUUGAAAAACAAACAGGUAGCGACGCGGGUAUUAACCCGACCAAAAUAGUGGCUCCAGUGGUGGUCAUUGGUGCACUGAUUGUUGGAUUGCUCAUGGCAAUACUGUUCACUCGAAGGAGGCAACAAAAGGCCCGAAGGCUCUCUGCAGUGCCUCUGAUGAAUGGCACACAUGCUGGUACUCCUGAUGAAAAUAAUAGAAUGUAUGAAGACCCGUGAAUGAGGAACUUACAGCCACAAAGACAAAAGCUAAUAUAUUAAUCUUAUGUAAAACAAUGAUCACACCUUACCCUUACCCACGUACUAGGAAAAUUCACUGUACUCUGGAGCUACUUACGAUAAAUGAACACUUCCUUGUUUAACUGCAUGUUUCAUAAUCUCAGUGAAUGGGUCAAAGGUUGCUCUGUUGAGUCUAGAGAAAAUGGUUCACUUUGGAACAGUAGUUGGAGUAGGUGACAGCACAGCUAAUGGCAGCACUUCUGCACUGAUUUCAUAAAGAAAUCAGUGGUUAACCUAAUGGAGGAAAUAUGGUAUGUAUGUCUGUGGGAGUCAUUAUAUUUUUGUAUAUGUACUUAAGCACUUAAAUGUUUUUACUGGUUUUUCACCCAGGGAUCUACUGCUCUAAAUUAAGCUUUUGUUUUUGUUUAUAUAUAUAUAUAUGUGUGUGUGUGUUCAAUAUCUGUUGCUUUUGACUGAAAAUGUGAUUUGUGUGUAAAAAUUACUUGUAAAUAUCUGAUAUUUUCAAAUUUUACAAUAGGUAGCUUUAUUCACAUCUCUGUGUUCUUGGAGAUUUAAACUGUACAUUAUUCUUGUAAAGUUUUUGGCUUUGGUGUUUGUCUGUCUUCUUGUGAAUUGUCAGAUUGUGUUGACAGAAUGUUAUAUCAGCAAAUUUAUUGGCUAAGAGAGAAAACAAGAGCGCAUUACAGUGCUACUCAUGUGUUGAAUAUAGUUUUAUUUAAAAAUGUUUUUUUUAUUUUAAGAGUAGAACAUUCAUUUUGAAAACUUGCACUGCAAAAACAAAAAAAAAGGUAAGAUGACUUGAAUUAAGAAUGUUUUAUCAUGAUUUGAGUAAAUUUCACUUGACAACUAAAAUUGUCUACCAAUGGAACAAGACUUUUUGUACUUAAAAUAUGAAAAUGUAUAGUUCUACACUUAAGAUAUGUAAAACAACAACUCUUUGCUCGUUGCUUUUUGCAGCAUGUGAAUCACUGCAAAGAAAGAUUCUAUACCAUUUUAAAUAUAUUCACAUUGCACUGUAAAUGUGUAAGACACCAUUGCUCUAUCUGUGCCAAGUACAAUUCAGUAGAACUCACAACUCUUUGGAACUAAAAAUAUUUGACAAGCUAUUUUCAGAUUCCACAAGAAGCUUUUUCUCAUAAUGAAACUCUCCUCUCAGGUUUCUGUUCCGAAUUUUUAUUCCUUUUUUUUUUUUUUUGUUGUUGUUGACAUUAGAAGUUUAUGUAACUGUUGCUUGUGUCUGCAAAAUCAAAGCCUUACAUGGAAGGAUGAAAUAGGGGACAUUGUGCUUAAUCCACUUUCAUAUAAAAUGAGACACUAUUGAUUUUGUAUCAGGUGAUCUUAAUAAUUACUGUUUUUUGUUGCUGCUGUGUACUGUAUAAGAAAGGAAAUUCUUCUGUAUUUGUGAUUCACAGUUAUUAAAGGUUUUUUAAUUAAAAACAAAAAAAA